AUGAUCCACUACAUUCAUAAUCACAAACAGACUAUAGAAACGAGAUCUCGUAUCACAAUAUUUGAUAUCAUAUUCAACGACUGGAUCUCCAUAUCCAUCGCCUCCGUGGGUAUUAUCGCCGACUAUUUCUUACGGCGAAUCCCUUAUCCAAACGAUCGGAACUCCAGUCGACUCUUCCAUCACAUGGACAUCGAUGGCGAUCAUAAGGUAGACAUCCGUGAGUUUCAGUCGUAUUUGAUACAACUUUUUCACGCAAACGAUGUGGUAAGCUUUGAAUUUGGUCGCAAAGUGAGCCCUCCAGAGGUGGCCAAACAGUUCAGUCUCUGGGAGCCAAAGACCCGGAAUAUGCGCUGGAAUUGUCUCAUGGAUUACUUCGACGACGACAAAGACCUGGCUAUCGAUUACGACGAGUUUAAAGCCCUUAAAGCCAAUAAAUUUGACGCUUUUAAUUGUCUCCUAUCUAGAGACAUAGGUUAG